AUGAGCCAGAUCGCGAGCAGCAUGGCUCUGCAGAGGCAGCUCGCCAGAUCCGGCACCCAAUUCGCAAAGACGUCGAUCCUCUCUCGGAGGUUGGUCCCAUGCGAAACGACCCUCUCCACUGAUCCAUCCCGACUAACCCUCAACAAGGCCAUACCGCUACCGUCUUUGGUGCCACUGGUUUCCUCGGCCGCUACGUCGUCAACAGACUCGNCUCGUGCUGGAUGCACCGUCGUCGUCCCCUUCCGUGAGGAGAUGGCCAAGCGCCAUCUCAAGGUCUCGGGUGACCUGGGUCGUGUUGUCUUCCUCGAAAUGGAUCUCCGCAACACCGCUUCCAUCGAAGAGUCUGUCCGUCACUCCGACAUUGUCUACAACUUGAUCGGUCGCGACUACCCCACCAAGAACUUCGACCUCGAGGACGUCCACGUCGAGGGUGCCACCCGUAUCGCCGACGCUGUCGCCAAGUACGACGUCGACCGCUUCGUCCACGUUUCCUCGCACUCCGUUUCCAAGGACUCGCCCUCCGAGUUCUACCGCACCAAGGCCCGUGGUGAGGAGGCUGUCCGCAACAUCUUCCCCGAGACAACCAUUGUCCGCCCUGCCCCUCUGUUUGGCUUCGAGGACCGUCUGCUCCACCGCAUCGCAAAGGCUUCCAACAUGUUCACAUCCAACAACAUGCAAGAACGCUUCUACCCUGUCCACGCCAUUGACGUUGGUGAGGCCCUCGAGAAGAUGUGCCACGACGACAGCACCGCUGGUGAGACUUACGAGCUUUACGGCCCCAAGCAAUACCAGAUGGCAGAGAUCAAGGAGCUUGUCGAGCGCGAAAUCUUGAAGAGCAGACGUCACAUCAACAUCCCCUCUCAAAUCAUGACCCCCAUCGCACAGUUGAUGAACAAGCUCGUCUGGUACAGCGUCAUGAGCAAGGACUCGGUCGCCCGCGAGUUCAUCGACCAGACCAUUGACCCUACAGCAAAGACCUUCAAGGACUUGGGUAUUGAGCCCACCGACCUUGCCAACUUCACAUACCACUACCUUGUAACAUACCGUAGUUCAUCCUACUACGACUUGCCUCCCAUGACCGAGCGUGAGAAGAGAGAGGAGAAGAAGUACCUCCACGUUCUCGACGACCAGUAA